AUGAAGUGCGCCACCAUCCUUGGGCCGCUGGGGCUCCUGGUCUCGGCUGUCUCUGCCGUCAAGGUGAACCCACUUCCCGCCCCCCGCAACAUCACUUGGGGCUCCUCCGGUCCCAUUCCAAUCAGGAACGUCAACCUACGCACCUCCGAUAGUCACGGUCAUAAUAACGCCCUCAUUCAAAACGCCUGGGACCGAACUUGGUCCGCCAUCGUCGAUCUCCAAUGGGUGCCCGCUGCCACUGAGGCUCCCAUCCCUGUCUUCGACCCCUUCCCGACCGGCGCCGGCAAGACCAAGCGCGCCUCCGCCGCGACUGCGGUUCGUUCCGUUCAGCUCUCCGUGACCGAUGGAGAUGCUGAUCUACAGCAUGGUGUGGAUGAAUCGUAUACCCUGGAGGUGACCGCAACCUCUGGCAGUGUCAAGAUCACGGCCCAUACCGUCUGGGGUGCGCUCCACGCGUUUACUACUCUGCAGCAGUUGAUCAUCUCCGACGGCAAGGGCAACCUCAUCAUUGAGCAGCCCGUCAAGAUUCAGGAUGCGCCGUUGUACGCUCACCGUGGAGUCAUGGUCGAUACAGGUCGCAACUUCAUCACUGUUCCCAAGAUCCUCGAGCAGAUUGACGGUCUGGCUCUCUCCAAGCUCAAUGUCCUCCAUUGGCACUUGGAUGAUACCCAAUCCUGGCCCAUGCAGAUUCGAUCUUACCCGCAGAUGACCAAGGAUGCCUACUCGACCCGCGAGAUCUACACCGAGGCGGAUAUGCGCCGGGUCAUUGCCUAUGCGCGUGCCCGUGGUGUUCGUGUCAUUCCCGAGGUCGAUAUGCCCAGUCACUCGUCCUCGGGCUGGAAGCAGGUCGACCCGAAUAUCGUGACUUGCAUCAACUCAUGGUGGUCCAACGACGACUGGUCCAAGCAUACCGCCGUCGAGCCGAACCCGGGUCAAUUGGAUAUCAUCUACAACAAGACCUACGAGGUGGUGGGCAACGUAUACAAGGACCUGUCGGCUAUCUUCACGGAUAACUGGUUCCACGUUGGCGGUGAUGAACUCCAGAACAACUGUUUCAACUUCAGCACUUACAUCACCGAGUGGUUCGCCGAGGACCCCUCGCGCACGUACAACGACCUCUCGCAAUACUGGCUCGACCAUGCCCUGCCCAUCUUCCGCGGUACCGGCGGUCCCAAGCGUCGUCUGAUGAUGUGGGAGGAUAUCUUCAUCAACACCGACGCCGCGCACAACGUCCCCAAGGAUAUCGUCUUGCAGUCCUGGAACAACGGUCUCACCAACAUCAAGAACCUGACCGCCAGCGGUUACGACGUGAUCGUCUCCUCCUCCGACUUCCUCUACCUCGACUGCGGUUUCGCCGGCUUCGUGACCAACGAUCCCCGCUACGACGUCAUGACCAACCCCGGCGGCGACGUGACCUUCAACUUUGGCGGCAACGGUGGCUCCUGGUGCGCACCGUACAAGUCCUGGCAACGUAUCUACGACUACGACUUUACCGCCAACCUCACCGCGGCAGAGGCCAAGCACGUCCUCGGCGCCGAGGCUCCCCUCUGGUCCGAGCAGGUCGACGAUGUCACCAUCUCCAGCAAGAUGUGGCCUCGCGCUGCGGCCCUGGGUGAAAUGUUGUGGUCUGGAAACCGUGAUGCAUCGGGUCAAAAGCGUACUACCCAGCUUACCCAGCGUCUGCUGAACUUCCGGGAGUAUCUCGUCGCAAAUGGUGUCAUGGCUACUAACCUGGUUCCAAAGUAUUGUCUGCAGCAUCCUCAUGCAUGCGAUCUAUACUAUAACCAGACCGCAGUCUCUCCUUGA